AUAUAAGUCAGACACGUUUUUGAGAUUCACCACAAACAUCAUGCAAUCAGAUCAGAAUAAAACUGGGGGAAAAAACAUGAGUUACAGGUGUCUAGUGACAUCGCAGCUUGAAGCUUUUUUUUCCCCCACUGAUGGUCAGUGGCGUCCAAGAAUGAGAUCCGCGGCUCUCUCUCUCUCUCUCUCUCUCUCUGUCACACACACAGCCGCUCUAGAGCGAGAGGGAGGAGCUGCAGUGAGUAACAGUGAGGGAGCGUGAGUGUAUCUUCAGAGCGCUCGGUCAGCUGUAGUACUAGCAGCAGUGGAGUAUGUGUGUAGAGCAGAGCUGAAUGUGUUUGUGUGUGUGUGUGUGUGGUGACUACCGAAUUACCGCCGCAGCCCCUCAGCCUCGCCCUCUUCAGGGUGAGGCCACCCUACAGCCGUCCUCAUGAUGAAGCAAGACGGGAUUCUGGGCCGCCGCCGGUUCUCCACCUGUGGAGGAACCAUCUCGGGCCGGCCGCCCCAUCCCGACGGACGCAAACUCAUACGCAACGCCUCGUUUGGGGGCUACAACGAGCUGUCCGUCUGCUUGCCAGGUUUUGAUCGUGGCAAAGACGAAAUCCUGCCUCUGAAAGAAGACUCCUCACACUCCAUAUCCAAGAGCAAGUCGGAAACAAAGCUCUAUAAUGGCUCAGAUAAGGAUGUAUCGGCGUCUGGAAACAAGCUUACUAAGAAGGAGUCACUCAAGGUGCAAAAGAAGAACUACAGGGAAGAGAAGAAACGUGCCACUAAAGAGCUGCUGAGCACCAUCACUGAUCCGUCUGUCAUCGUCAUGGCCGACUGGCUCAAGAUCCGUGGCACGCUGAAGAGCUGGACCAAGCUGUGGUGUGUGCUGAAGCCAGGUGUCCUGCUCAUCUAUAAGACCAAUAAGAAUGGUCAGUGGGUUGGGACCGUCCUGCUCAACGCCUGUGAGCUCAUCGAGAGACCCUCCAAGAAGGACGGCUUCUGCUUCAAGCUCUUCCACCCGCUCGAACAGUCCAUCUGGGCCGUCAAGGGUCCUAAAGGAGAAGCCGUUGGCUCCAUCACUCAGCCGUUACCCAGCAGCCACCUAAUCUUCAGAGCUGCUUCAGAAUCAGAUGGCCGCUGUUGGAUGGACGCUCUUGAGCUGGCUCUGAAAUGCUCGAGUUUGCUGAAGCGAACGAUGAUCCGAGAGGGCAAAGAGGAGACGACGCAGACCGCAGAGCACUCGCACAUCAACUUCUACAGUCUGCUGAGGGCACACAACAUGCAGGGCUUUCAGUUUAACGACAGCGAUCAGUUUAAGGAUCCGGACCUGUACUCGGAUAAAUCGGACCGUGAGAACGAGCAGGAGCAGGAGGAGUGGGAGAACGAGGUGAUGGAGAAAAGUGAAGAGAGCGACAGCGACACGUCAGAGCGACAGGAAGACUCGUACAUCGACCUCGAUCCCAACGAGACGCUGCGGGAAACGUCGUACAUCGAGCAGAGCCACGAGGAGCUGGGAGAGGCAGGCGAAGAGUCUCAAACGGAGACGGUAUCAGAGGAGAAUAAAUCUCUGAUCUGGACUCUACUAAAGCAGGUUCGGCCCGGCAUGGACCUGUCCAAAGUCGUGCUUCCCACCUUCAUCCUGGAGCCACGAUCCUUCCUGGACAAACUGUCCGAUUACUACUAUCACGCGGACUUCCUGUCCGCAGCGGCGGUGGAGGAAAACGCUUAUAACCGUAUGAAGAAAGUGGUCAAAUGGUACAUUUCUGGAUUCUACAAGAAGCCAAAGGGUUUGAAGAAACCGUACAACCCCAUUAUUGGAGAAACAUUUCGCUGUUUAUGGAUCCACAGCAAAACCAACAGCAAAACCUUCUACAUCGCAGAACAGGUAUCCCAUCAUCCUCCGGUUUCAGCCUUUUACGUCAGCAACAGGAAGGAUGGCUUUUGUCUCAGCGGUAGCAUCCUGGCCAAGUCCAAGUUUUACGGAAACUCUCUGUCGGCCAUCUUGGACGGUGAAGCCAGGCUGUCGUUUCUGAACAGAGGAGAGGAUUAUGUGAUGAACAUGCCCUAUGCCCACUGCAAAGGGAUCCUCUACGGGACUAUGACUCUGGAGUUGGGCGGUCAGGUGUCCAUCGCCUGUGAGAAGACGGGCUACAGCGCUCAACUGGAGUUCAGACUCAAGCCGUUCCUCGGCAGCAGUGAUAGCGUGAAUCAGAUCAGCGGGAAGAUCAAGCUCGGGAAGGAGGUGCUGGCGACACUUGAGGGGCAUUGGGACAGUGAAGUCUUCAUCAAUGAUAAGAAGACGGGUGAGAUGGAGACGUUCUGGAACCCGACGCCGGAGCUGAGGCAGAGCCGUCUGAUCCGCUGCACCGUCCCUCCUGAAGAACAGAGCGAGUUUGAGUCCGAGAGGCUGUGGCAACAUGUGACACGGGCCAUCAAUAACAAGGACCAGACGGAGGCGACCAAUGAGAAGUUCAUCCUGGAGGAGGUUCAGAGGAAAGCGGCACGCGAACGCAAGGCCAAAUGUGAGGAGUGGACGCCCGCUCUGUUCGAGCAGGACCCGGCCACCGGAGAGUGGCAUUACCGCUACGCAGACACUCGUCCGUGGGAUCCGCUCAACGAUCUGAUUCAGUUCGAGAAAGACGGCUUUAUUCAGACCAAAGUGCGCCACAGGACGCCUAUGGUACGUUCAGCCAGUGUAGUUAGUCUCAGUACCCAGCAGGGCUCCCGGAGGGACAAUUACCUGAGCCAGGUGACGGGACCAAAGCGGAAACAUAAGAGUGACAAACCUAAAAGUCCGGAAAGUGGCUGCUCGUCUCCGGAGCCGGACCACCAGGACUCUUCAGGCAGCGAGAGGCACAAGAGCAAACACAACAGCCGCCUCAGGAAGAAAGGAACAGAUCUGAGUGAAAUCCAAAGUGCCAUUGAGUCGAUCAGAAAAACCCAGGAAGACAUUAACAGGAGCGUCAACGCUUUGAGGAGUCGAGUGGCGAGUCAGUCGGCAACAGAAAGUUCGUUCCUCACGCAUAGAGAUGUGGCCAUCAUCCUCUUCCUCAUCUUCCUCCAGGUCCUUCUCAACUUCAUCUUUAAGUAACGGUCGAGAAUGACCCAGAAACCUCACUCCAUCCCGUCAGCACUCCAUCCUUCAGUCAGUAUCGCCUCACGCCACAUUCGGUUUCGUUUCAUUUUUUAUGAAUUUGUGUUGCGAUCGCUGCAAAGGGACGGCCAAUAUCGGGUUGAAGUGCAUUGUGGGAUGUUUUAUAAAUGACUGUUUACUGUUUAAACGAGGAAAUCUCAUCAGCCUCUUAACCAUUUAAACCAUUGCUUUAAUUUAUUUUAUUACAUUUUGUCCCUUGAUUAGCGCCCCCUGCUGUAUCGGAGGACGUCAGUUGAUUUACAAGCGAAAUAUGAUAAAAUCUAGGUCCUUUUUAUAUAUAUAUUUUGUUUAACAAAAGUCAUAUUCUACACAUUCGGUUUCUAUUCGUUUAGUUUUUUAUGAAUUUGUGUCGCGAUUGCUGCGAAAGGACGGACCAUAUUGGGCUGAAGUGCAUUGUGGGAUGUUUUAGAAAUGACUGUUUACUUUAUUCUUUACUCAUCAGCCUCUUAACCAUUUGAACCAUUGUUUUAAUUUAUUGUAAUAAUAGUUUUACCCUCCAUCAGCGCCCUCUGCUGUAGUGGAGGACGUCAGUCGAUAAAUAAACUAAAUGGGUGAAUAUUAUAAAUUCUAGGUCAUUUUUUUCCCCAAAAAAACAUAUUCUACAUAUGUUGCAUUGUGAUAUUAUUUUUUCAUGACAAAUGAGCACAUUUCACCCCAGAUUCUCAUGACUAAAGUGCAAAAAAAAUUCAUUCUCAUUACUCUUAUCCAAAAAAAAAAAGAUAAUUUAUUAUUUUUUGUAUGUAAUAGUAUUCGUUGUACUGCCUGAUUUAAAUACGAUUUCACCAACACGUUAUAGUAAUGAGAAUUUGGAAAUGUUAUGAAAAUUGUCCUAAAACAAAAGAUUUUGAUUUCUUUUAAUUUCUUGGGGACUGAAAUACAACCUGGACUUUUUUUUUUCACUGACAUAUAAAACUUAAAAGGGUGCAAUAUUGCUGAUGUUACUGGUAUUUUAAGACUAUUUUAUUAAACAAAUGAAGGAUGUUGCGAGUUGAGGUCACAUUUUGUAUUAUUUAAAACCGUUCCGGGAACAAUUUCACUAUAAAUCUUAAUUUUCAGAUAUCUGGAAAUUUUCACAGUAUCUGGAUCCUGCAUUUCAUACGUUCCUAAAUCGUGUUUGACGGUAAUAAAGUUUUAAUUUAUUUGAACGAUAGCGAAGCGUGUACAGUAUAGCGAGCGUCACAUUUAAUAUUACUCUGAGGAAACCGUAGAUCUAGGCGUAGUAAACCUGUAGCAGGAAAUACUGUUGCGUACUUUUGUAGUUGCUUGACUCUCGUCUGCCACUGUUACGUCAGACUAGAUGUACGAUUAACAAGCCAAAUAGCCUGAGAGUAGAUUAGAGUGUAAACGUCACAUCUGUAUAUAGUAUAGAACUGAUUUCCUUUUGUACUUCUAGAGAAACACCGUGACCCAUAGCCCACGUGUCUUUGUUCUGCGAGCGUUCGUUCGCUCGCACAGCGUCCAAUCAGAUGUUUGAAUGUGCUCACGUCGACAAUAACUACUUUAAAAACUACGUGCCUUUACAAGCGGGUCUUGCAGCCGGAGUUUGAGUGAUUUUGAGUCUGACUGUUGAAUUCCUACCAUGGUUUGUCUUUCUUUCUCACUUCGAGUGACUGUGCCAUAUUCGGACAUUUGCGGCUCUGUGUUUUCGAUUCGUCCCAGAGCUCAACGCUGCCAUAGAUCUGCGUGUCUUUAGCCGUGCGUCUGCCACUGAACCAGGGAUCAAACUCCACAUGCAUCGCAUUCAGUGUUCAUCUUCAUGCUUCUAGAUCGGUUUCUUUUUCUUUCUUUCUUUUUUUUUGCCCCAGUCUCUUUUUAAAGCGUUUUUACUCCAGCUGAUCCAUGUUGGUUUUGGUUUUGUUCUGGAUUAUUUCCUGCAGCUGUCUCUAUGUACAGAUGAUACUUUAUUUGUAAUACAGAAAUAACUUCCUGUAAGUUUAUUGUCACCUGUGACAUAUCACCAAAUAAAUGAAAAAGACUGAA